UCGAUAUAAAUCGUUAGAUGUAAAUUAUAAACAAAGAUAAGUUAUUCUUUUUCUUAAUAAUUAUUUUUCUUUAGAACAUCGUAUAAACGAUUGGAUUAUCACUAAAUCAGUAUGGAACAUUUUUGGCAUAAUAGCUGCUUAUUUCUGUAUUAUUUAUAUACUCGGACCUGUAUUUAUGAGAAAAAGGAAACCAUACAAUUUACUCAAAAUAUUGAUAAUUUAUAAUAUUAUACAAAUCAUAGCAAAUAUUUACAUAGUUAUUAUAGUAAGUUAUUGGAAAGUUCUUAUAAAAAAUCGAAUAAAUUUAGUCUAACGCAAUGAUAACAAUGAAAUACUUAUUACAAAUAUUUAUUAUAAAUAUAUAUAUAUGAUUUGUAUAUGUGUUUAUGUAUACUUACAGACCAUACAAAUUGGAUGGUUCUGGAAAUAUAAAUUUGUUUGCGAGCCCAUUGAUUAUUCAACUACUCCGGAAGCCAUGACAGUAAAAUAAUUAUAAUAUAAUAUAGUAAUUAUUAUUAUAAGAUAUAUAAUUAUAAUUAAUGAAAAAAAAAAUAAAAUAUAAAACGCAGGUACUAAAUGGGAUAUGGUAUUAUUUUCUAAUAAAGUUACUUGAUCUCCUUGAUACAAUAUUUUUUGUAUUACGAAAGAAACAAAAUCAAAUUACAAUUUUACACGUUUAUCAUCACGCCGGAAUGGUUUUGCUCGUAUGGAUAUCAUUGAAAUUUGUACAAGGUGGACAGGCAACAUUUCUAGGUUAUAUCAAUGGGAUAGUUCACAUAAUCAUGUACAGUUAUUAUCUAAUAGCGUCGUUGAAGUUGGGUAAAAUAUGGUGGAAAAAAUAUGUCACCCAAUUGCAAAUCUUACAAUUCACCUUAUUAGCAUUGCAACAUACACUGACUAUUUUGACACCAAAUUGUGGUUUUCCCAAAAUAAUAUCGACGUUAUUUUUACCGCACAAUUUCUUAAUGAUGUUACUUUUCAUUAGGUUUUAUAGAAACACUUACUUGAAAAAGAAUAAAAAGUCAACUGAAAUCUAUGCAAAUAACGUAUCGAAUAAAAUCGAUGAAAAUAACGUUGAAUCGUCGAAUGGAAAAAUUAAGACUCGUUAAAAUAAUCGAUUUUUUCAACUUUUCAAAUAAAUUUUCUUGAACAAAUUUUCUCUCUAUGAUAAUAUUUGAGUAAUUAAUUGGGAAAUUUAUA